CUUUUACUGGGUCUGUCGCCGAGAAAGUAACUUGUAAUUUAUUUUAUGAGCUGCUGCUUCUUCCUUUUAAAUACUUUUAGGGUUUUGCUGCUCUGAAUUUGAAAGGUGAUAGCUUGAACGCGAUUUCACCCGAAUUUUUGGAGUUCGACAUAUCGCUCAUGGAAAAUGGUGAUAUAAUUGAUUUCAUCUUCUAUUGGUGAUUGCCAGAUAACUUAGAAUGAAAUAUGUUUAUUGAGUGCGAACAAGGUGGUGUUUUGCUCAAUACCGGUAUAGUGUUUUUUUGAAUCAUAUUCCUUUGUAACCAUGGCUGCUGAUCAGAGGAGAAAACGGUUAAAUGGUGCAAGCAUUGUCAGUUAUGGUUCCAGAGAGCAACAAAGGGCUAAGAGAAAAAAUUUGGGAUUGAUGCAACAUGACUUAAGGAUGAAAUCUCACAUCACUGUUGAGUGGGACAGUAGUCAGAAAAGGGUUGUUGCCAAACAGGAACAGAUUGGCAUCACCUGGAGACAAAUGAAACCAUUUUUCAAUUUUGUAUCCAAUGAUCACAAUGUCCUGGCAGAUGUGUUGACCAUACCUAAAGAAUUCUUUGACCUGGAUAAUUUAAAGGAAGUGCUUUCAUAUAAGGUUUGGAAGAACCAUCUUUCAGAAAAUGAGAGAAACCUUCUUGUGCAUUUUCUUCCUCAUGGCUUGGAGCCACAUCAAGUUGUGGAAGAAUUACUUGCUGGGAAUAACAUUCACUUUGGAAACCCCUUCUUGAAAUGGGGUGCUUCACUUUGUUCAGGUGAUCUUCAUCCUGAUGUAAUUGUUGAUCAGGAGCGGCAUCUGAAGUCUGAGAAGAGGGCAUACUAUUCACAGUUGCAUAAUUAUCAUAAUGAUAUGAUAGGAUUUCUUGUUAAGUUGAAGGAAAGAUGGCAAAGCUGCAAAGAUCCAGAAAAGGAUAUUGUGCAGAAGAUGUGGAGGUCAAAGAAUGUAGAUAAAAGAGUGUCCUCAAAUGUGAAUGACUUGAAAGUCUAUGAUCAUGAUGGAAAUUUUACAGUUACAUCUGAGUCGUGUUCCUGGGAUGCAGAGGAGAAGGAAUUUAGUUGUGACAAUCAAAUUUUCUCAGUGAAAAGGGAUGAAAAACUCCAAAGAAGCAGGGUGCGGGAAAUAGGCAGCAUGAAAGGUAAAUCUACGAAUUUGAUGGUUUCAUCUGAUGAUGUGCAUAAUGUUGGAGAGAGGCUUAAGAAAGGGGACAAACUGUCCAAGCGCAAUAUUCACUCCAGUGACGGUGACAAAUACAUGUCGUGUAUCAAGAUUAGUAAGCAGCAGCAUGAACUUGUUAAGAGUAUGAAGCAGUCUGGUAGAAUCAUUCAGUCUAAGACCCUUAACCGUGUUUUGGGCAACCUUGAUAACAUUCAUGUGCAACCAUAUGAAGUUUUUGUCAAAGAAGAACAGAAUAAGUUGCAUGAGCAUUGGUUAGUGAGAUUUGAGCGCUUUAUUUUUUGGUUAGAGUUGGUGAAAAAAGCCCUUCCUGCAGCAUACGCAAAUUGGAUGGAGAGACACAGACAGAGACACGCAGUGAUAAAUUCGUUGCUGGUGGAGGUGAAGGAAAAAUCUAAUCCACUCGGAGAGGAAGAGGACAGUUUUAGCCCAGCCAGCGAGCUUCAGGAUAAGGAUGAGACUAACAUGAGCUCCGGGGAAGAUCUUCAAGAUCAGGAUGAAGAAAACACGACAUCAAGUGGUGAGCUUCCGGAUAAGGAUGAGGAUAACGUGACAUCAGGGGGUGGGCAUCAGGAUAUGAAUGAGGAUGAGAUGAAAUCAAGCAGUGGGCUUCAGGAUUCAGGUGAUGAUAAUACAGCGGGUAGAAAGAUUCAAGGUCAUGAUGAGGAUGAUGUGAGCUUGGAGAAUGAGCUUCAGGAACUGGCAGAGGAUGAAGUUCAAAAUGAUAAGUCUAGCCUGAAAGAUGAAGUUUCUGUUGCAAGGACCCCAGAGAACCAAUCCCCACAUGACACUUAUGGUGGUAGGAUUGACGAGUUCAACUCAAUGAGUAUGAAGUUAGAAAAGAAUUUAAUUUCCCCAACAUUGGGCAAUGCAUCACAAAAUAAAAUAGAUUAUCCAGGGGAUAAGAACACGCGGGAUGUUUCUAUUGAUGAAGGACGCCCUUUCAAUUCUAGCAGUGAUGUAUGGCAAGCAGUUGAAAUGCCACAUCCAUUCUUUGAUACUGCUGGGACCCAUGAGUACACAACCCAUGGAUUAUCAUUGGCGAAUCCUAGAGAGAAUGAAGAACGAGCUUGUUUGAUUGACCUUGAAGCUGGGUUACAUCAGGAAGAGACCGGUAAAGAAUUGUUACACAGACAGUUACAUGAUCAAACCUUCAGUUCUUACCAAAGCCAGGGUCGAAGUGACUUACUUCAAUCUUUCCUCAAGGGAGAUGGUGUGAUAUCCUAUCAUCACGAGCAAAAAGGAUCCGAAAUGAACUUCCAGGCUUCGAACAAUGUUAUAAUGGGGGAUAGCCAAUUAUCUAGCCAUUUUAAGGACCCUUUGCAGACAUCACUGUCUUUGGACCAGGGGCAGAGGAGAGCUAAUGAGGUUUACACAUCAGAAAGCAUGCCACAGAAUAUUUAUUCCAAUGGAGGAAGGUACUUAGUCCCCAGGCAAGCUCGGUUAGUUCCCGGGCAAGAUUCAUUGGCCGCUGUAAAUAUGCCGGAUUGGACCUCCAAUACUGCUCGAUGGAUCUGAUGGCAGCAGCAUUUCAAGUCACAGUCUUGGCACUGCAACAAACUCUGAUCAGAGCUUAUUUAGUAUUCUAUCACAGUGUAACCAAUUACAUCCGCGUAGCUCUUAUGAUUCGUUCCGAAACACUGAUGACUUUCUAGCACAAAGACCUUAUGGAGUAGUAGAUACUGAUACCUCCAGGAUCAAUGCUGUUGCUCCACAGGCUUCUCAUCCGCUAGAAUACUUCAGUGGACGCGAGGCACCUAGUAGUGGCCUGGUACCUGAUGAUAUGGCAUGGAUGAGCUUGCCACAUCAGAAUGAUCAAAUGGGAAAGCCAUACUUGAGAUCUUGGAAUCGGUAAUGAAUGUUUUUUUACCCAAUGGUGGCAUUGUGAGAUGAAAUACGCACGCUCAUGUGUGAUUGUUCUUUGUGAGUAAAGCCACAAGCUGGGAAGAUGAGAUAGGUUUGUGUACAUACAAGACCGAGUUCAACUCAACACCAUGUACAUAUCUAAUUAUUAGACGAGCAGGAAAGAAGGCAAUGGGGUAAAUAUAACCUUCAAGAAUUUCAGCUUGUUACUUUGGAAAGUUACAUAAUUUUAGUUUUUUUUUUUUUUCUUAGUGUCUUUUUCCCCCUUUGUUUCUGGAGAGGUAUUUUUUAAAAAUAAUUUUGGAAGGUAAGAAAUGCUGGAGGCUGGUGCCUUUCUCAGUUAUAAUUUGUUGCUCACAUCAAUAAUUUCGUCCUAUAUUCAUAAUGCCGAGACAACAAAUGUCCUUGAAAUAAUCGCCUAAUUUGUUCAUUUAUAAGUUUCGCUAAUUGUAAUCGACUAUUGUGAAGAUAACAUUGAAGAAUUACAACUGUUGUUACUUUGCCAA